GACUCGCUGUUAUACGCAAAUAUACGCAAAUAAGGGUCAGCGUCGAGCGACGACUCCCCGUUGAGAAACGUCGUCAGCCCUCCUGCUCUGAUCCUCCGUGGUAACUGGAACUGGAUAUUCUAUCCAUGUGCCGCUGAUGCCACAUUGGGCGCAACAUGCUAGAUCAACGGUCAUGAUUUUUCAGACGAAAACAGAGGACCAGCAUCAUGCGAUCAUUCAUUCGCGGUGUCCUAAUGAAUGGAAUGUAUCCUCUUCAGUCAAGGAUCAAGAAAGUCGACUUGGAAUGGCAGGUAGACCGGAUCCGCUUGGGAGCACUAGAGUUUCGCGGGAUUUCUUUGAAGCCGGAAACGGAAAGUCGUGAUCGCUUGCAGGCACCCCCCUAACCGAAAUUCCAUCCUGUCUUCUGUCAUUCACUAUCACCCAUGGCCCUCGCCCAGCGCCUCAACGAGCUGGCAGCUUCCCAUGCUCAAGGCCUUCUCAAUGAUGACGAAUAUCGACUUCUUCGUCAAGAUGUCUUUCAACGAUUUUCUGAUACCACCAUCAUUCCCGUCGAAUCCCAUGUUAUCCCUCUAGAAAGCCAUGAACUUCCGAUUACUACUAUGGAGCUCACUGGGCCAGAUCUACCUGGGAAGAAACAAGUCGAAUUUGCAAUUGUGAAUGGCCCAAAAUCCGAAUUACCUUUUCCAGGUCAGCCACACACUCAGCCUUGCGCGAAACAGAACGCUGUUGCUGCAGGCGUCGCCUAUAUAAUACGACGCGCUACUAGAGGGCGAAAGUUGUCGAAGGAAUCGAAAUCUAGCUACUACGAGUCUCAGGACAAGUCCAGAACCAUCAUACCCCGUUUAUUACCGAGGAAAUCCAGCGACUUGAUCUCCACACGUUCGGGUUCUGACACUGUCUCAUCUCAUUCCCAUUCCCGAAAAACGAGUCUCAGCUCCCGCACAUUCUCCCCACCACUAAGUCCCUCAAGUUCUACUCAUCCCCAACGAAACGCGUCAUUCUCAAAGGUUGAUGUGACUACUGCCAUCACCGGCGACGAUAUCUUUGAAGAUGGAGAACUAAAUACCACGACCGACAUCCGACAAGCCAUGUCGGAAUUGGUUGAAGAGGGUAGACGUCUCAUAGAUGCUCUCAACGACCUAGAACGUUCUGUGAUUACGAAAGCAUACAGGGAUCGGUCUUCUGUACAACCCCCCCUUGCAGAAACCAUCAUAAGCGCAAACUGGCCUUCCACCCCAUUAUCUCCGCCACGGAACUUGAGAUCAGCCUCCACUUCAAAACCAUCCAUCACCAAUAUCAUCUCCACUUCGAGUUCCUCGCAGAGCGGCCGAACCAUCGCUUCUCGUUCGUCCGCCCUUCACUCUCCGUCUUUUCUCAAAACCAAGAACUCUUCCUCGUCGUUGAAUUCAGCAACCCUAUACGCUACGGAGUCUCAACGUUCUCAGGCUUCUAGAAUGCAGCGUCCCCGUCUCAACCGGAAAGGGUCUAUGUCCUCCCUAUUGUCUUCCCGUUCCCGGUCCAAUUCUUUCCUAUCCGUCGCCAAAGAUGCCUUGAAUAGUGCAACUUCAAAUCGGAGCACCGGGCACCUUCCCCUGACUGCCGUCGCCGGAGAACGACAGGUGAGGGCCGAUGUAGUACGUCGACCAAGCGUGUCGGAUGGUAUGACACGAGGGAGAGGAGGCGAAGAUGAGAUUGACCCGCUAGUGCUGGACGUGCGAAAGAGGAGGAAAGAAGUUAUUUGCCGGUAUGAGGCGAGAUUGGAAUAUCUACGCGCUAGGCUGAAAGGUGCCGAGCUGCACGAAAAGUUGCUGAAACGGUGAGGUGCACGAACGUCUCAGUGGAUCUAGCGCUCCUCACCCGCCGACAUCAUCGGAUUUUUUGAAACCGAUUCCUUACUGACCUCCCAUUUGCGAUACAAUAUAUACCUAUAUACCUUUCGACACCCAUGUGUAAUCUUAUAAUAGUAUGAAUAAACCUCCA